UAUAAUGGGUCUGUUGCACCCAUUUUUUUUAAUUCAUUUUCUAGGAGUGUGCAUCGUUCUGAGCACAAUGAAUUUUUCCCAGAAUUUUUUGACCCCCGGAACACCCCAAAAAAGCUCAUCAAAGUUCAAAAUUUGUUGGCGGGAAAAUUUAAAAUCGGUGUGUGGGGAGUGAACGGUGCGGGGGCGUGACGUCACAACUACCAAAGGAGAUUUGUUUACAUUGCAGUGCGUGGCUGAUAGCGUAUAUGUUUUAUCGCAGCGAGUGCAUUUUUCUGAUUUUUCCCCUUAAAUAUGACUUCCAAAGGGAGACACGUUUAUUGUCUCGUGCCUCAAUGUCGGAAUACUAAACUUUCAACACCUGACAAGUUAUUUUUCAAUGUGCCCACGGGUGCCGUUCGGAAGAAAUGGUUCUCUAUGGUGAGACGAGAUCCCGUGUCUUUGACCAUACCAUUGUGGUGUUGUGAAGAUCACUUUACACCUGAAGAUGAUGUUGAAGACUGGUACCGGUAUAAAUUUUUGAAGGAGCAUCAGAUGCCAAUCUUCAGAUUGAGGUUGAAGAAAGGAAUCCUACCUCACAAAUUUGACUGUCAACCGAAUCGAAAAACAUGCCACGCCAAAGCUCCUAGGAGUCUAGCUGCUAAAAAAAGCAGAAUUGCCAAGCAGCAAGUUUUGGGAGACAUUACAAAUCAAAUGCACAAGAAGGAAGAAACUGUCCAGGCCAUGGAAUGUGGAAUUGAAAAUACGCUAUCGGAAAAUCCUUCUGACAUUGAUGCUGCUUUGGAUGUCUCAGCAUCGCUCAGCCAGAAUGUAAUCGAAGCAGAGCCCAAAUUCAAAGAUGUUGGAAUUCAGUGCGAUGAUCUUUGGGUUCGUGUAGUUCGAUAUAAAUGUUGUCGAGGCACUCAGACGGAGGCUACAUCGGAAGCUACAAACAAUAACCCACAUUCUUCACAGUUCCAUGAAGCUGAGGGAACAGGAGACGCUGAUGUGGUAGCACUCGACCUGAAUGCUAGUUGCUCUUCAAAUACUUCUGAGCAGCAAUCCGCGCUGGAUGAAAGCGUUUGCAGCAGUGCUGCUGAAACUCCAUCACAAUCUGAUGUUUCUUUCAAUUUGGACGCGCUUGAAAUUGAUCAGGAUCAUUUGGAAGAGGAGGCCGAUGAGGAAUAUUUGGAAGAAGAGGUCAUCGAAGAGGAAUUUAAAGGUCGUAUAUCUUCUGUCAUGAAUGAGGUGACCUUAAAGUAUCCAAAACUGUUUUUAGGAAUAGAUCCAGUCAAUUUAUGUAUAAUUGAUGCUCUGGAACAAUUCACGAAUUGCAGUAAAAGAAACAUUUGUAUAGUUUUGCGCAAAAUACGUCUUGAUGAGCCAAUAGAAAUGCUAGCCAUAUACUUUGGACUCUGCAAAUCUACCAUAUCACGUAUUCUCUCAAAAACUUUCCCUCUAAUUUCUCAAUUCAUGGCUACGCUCAUUCGUUGGCCAGAGAAAGAAAUCAUUCGAGCCAAUGUCCCAUUCCAGUUCAAAGCUCGUUACUCGGAUGUUCAAUGCUUACUUGAUUGCUUUGAAAUUCACAUUCAGCAAUUGUCUGAUCCAGAGCAUCAAUCACUGACAUGGUCUGAAUAUAAAAAAAAUAAUACUGUUAAAUAUCUUGUUUCAACCACACCAGAUGGAUUCAUCAAUUUUAUAUCAAAAGGCUAUGGAGGGCGGGCCAGUGAUUCUGAAAUUGUCAGUCAAAGCGGGCUCUUAGAUAUGCUGCAGAAGAACACUGUUGUCAUGGCAGAUCGAGGAUUUAAGCAAAUAGAAGUCGAACUGCAUAAAAGAAAUUGUUCUCUCAUAAGGCCACCAUCAGUUGAAGGGGGUGUCAAAAUGAGUAAAGAUGAAAUUAAGGAAACAAAGAUUAUAGCUAGUUUAAGAAUUCAUGUGGAAAGAGUAAUCGGACGUCUAAGAGGAUACGCAUUACUAGAUCCUCGUGCUUGCUUCAAUCAUAAUUUCAUAGGUAUUAUUGAUCAUGCUGUAAUAAUUGCAGCUGCUUUAUCCAACUUACAAGGUCCUCACUUCCUAUAAGGUCAGAUAGCCAUUGACACAGAGAUCAGAUAAAAUAUGAAUCCGCUGUUUUUUUGUAAUCCCUAAUAGGCGGGACCAUUGAUUAUGUUUGACUGUAUCAUUCGAUCAAUGAUUAUACCUCUAAGACUAUCAUUUGAAUGAAUAAAUAUUAUUUAAGUUCUCAAUGUAUAUUUGAUUGAUUUUCGGGUAGUAUUUCAUUUUUAAGUUAAGUAAUCUUUUAUAAUCAAAAAGUUGUGAGGAUUCAUCUGCACAUUUCACUGAAUUUUUUACUCGCAAGGAGGAAACUUUUCAAAAUAAUUCCUCCAACUAUAUUCUAGUAAGGUUUCAAAUUGCCCUGUGAUACCUGACAAACUCUCAAACAGCACGACUCCUUUUGCCUGAACGCGGACCACUUUUGAAGUAGCAUUUACAAGGGCGUGCAUAAUUUUAAUUUGAUCCGAAUCAUUUUUAAGGAGUAUUGCAAGUGAGAGCACUAUGAUUUUAAUUUACCUCAAACAUGUACCUGAGCCCACGGCAUUAUUUUAAUGAAUUUAUGCUCUCACAUUUAUUCCUUAAUUUAUGCAAAUAGUUCCCAAAAAUAUUUAAUUUUUUCCUGCUUACUUACAGAAAUAAAAACCCUUGAAGGGAAUAUAGCAUGAUUAGUAUUAAGGAGGAUGAUAACUUAAAAAGUAUCAUUUGCAUGAAUUUUUAUUCUUUAAGAUAUUAUUUUAUAUUCACGAAUUAGUCGCUUAAUUUUAAUUGUAUUAUGUUUCUUCAUUAGAAAUAAAAACACUAACCAUUUCAAUGUU